AUGAGCUUGAGGUACAUGAGCCGUGUGGGCGCGCGGGCGGCGCAGGCGGUGCGGGAGAGCACGGGCAGGUCGGUCAAGGACAAGGCGCAGUCGUCGUCGGCGUCGAUGGCGAGGAGCGGCGGCGGCAGCAGGGCGCCGGGCGCCGGGUCGGUGGAAUCGGGAAGGGCGAGCGCCGCGGCGGUGGCCAGGAGGAAGGCGGAGGAGGAGAAGCGGCGCCGCGCCGAGCAGGCGCUGCGCACCGUCAUGUUCCUCUCCGUCUGGGGGCCCAACACCUAG